UUUCUUUUGUGUUGGAUGAUGAAUUCUGAGCCUAUAGCUGUACCCACAAAGGAGGACGAAGACACUUCCUUGCUUUCUUUUGACACAGAUUCUUCCCAAUCUACUCCUCCAAAACCCCAUCCACAAAUAUGGAUGGGUUUCGCUUCGGAUAUCAAUACAAGACAGAUACUCCAAAUAUGAAUAGAUUGAUCAAGAAUGGGACGGAAGCCGAACUAGGUUUAAUUCCUGUGUUCCCAACUUUGACUUUUCCUAAUCAUUAUGCCAUUGUUACUGGUUUGUACCCUGAAUAUCAUGGUAUUGUAAACAAUUAUUUUCUUGAUCCCAACAGUCCUGGCGAGGCUUUCAAUAUGAAGAGUUAUGAUCCUAAGUGGUGGCUAGGUGAGCCACUUUGGGAGACUUUGGUUAAUCAUGGUCUUAAGGCUGCUACUUAUUUCUGGCCUGGAUCUGAAGUGAAUAAAGGAGGUUGGACUUGUCCACAAACUUUUUGUAAGAGGUAUAAUGGUUCCGUCUCGUUUGAAGAAAGAGUUGAUACUGUCUUGAACUACUUUGAUUUGCCAAGUGAUGAAAUUCCUUCGUUUAUGACACUCUAUUUUGGAGACCCUGAUCAUCAGGGUCAUAAGGUUGGGCCAGAUGAUCCUCAAAUCACUGAAGCCAUUGAAAGAGUUGAUGGGAUGAUUGGUAAAUUGAUCCAAGGUUUAGAAGAAAGAGGCGUUUUCGAGGAUGUCAACAUUAUAAUGGUUGGGGAUCAUGGUAUGGUUGGCACUUGCGAUAAAAAGUUGAUCUUUCUGGAGGAUUUGGCUCCGUGGAUUGAAAUUUCAAAGGAUUGGAUACAGUCAUAUAGUCCAUUGCUUUCCAUUCGUCCACCACCAAGUUACUCCGCCAAGGAUGUCGUUACCAAGAUGAAUGAGGGCUUAAAGUCAGGGAAGGUUCAGAAUGGGAAAUAUUUGAAAGUCUAUCUAAAGGAGGAGCUGCCUGAUCGGCUUCAUUAUUCUGCGAGUGAUCGAAUCCCACCCAUCAUUGGAUUGAUUGAUGAAGCAUUUAAGGUCGAACAGAAGAGCUCAAAAAGUAAAGAAUGUGGUGGAUCUCAUGGUUAUGACAAUGCCUUCUUCUCAAUGAGGUCCAUUUUCAUUGCCCAUGGUCCUAAGUUUGCUAGGGGCCGCAAAGUCCCAUCUUUUGAGAAUGUUCAGAUUUACAACCUGGUUACCACAAUCCUUAAUAUACAAGGAGCAUCCAAUAAUGGGACAACAUCAUUUCCAAAGACGAUUCUUUUACCAAGCCACUGAGAUCUAGCUAAUUAGGAAUGGAUUCUUUAUGCUAACAGGGGUGAGGGAAUAUCAUGUGAUUUUUGUAUGCUCCGCUUAACAAUUAGAAAAUGUUAGUUAAGUUGAUUUAAGGUGAUGAACUAGUGCUGCAGGUUAUGCACCUUGUUACCUCGCGGCAUCACUUCACUUUUGUCGCUUCCGAAAUUAUAGUAUUAGGUGUUGCAACUUUUAUUUUGUAGCUGGCUUAUUUUAAGAUUAGUAACAUUGUUGCUAUUAUGUAGAUAGAGAAUGAAUUGAUAAAUGAAUA